CGCCCGCUAGUGACCUACCAGCUCGUUUAGAAACCGGCGGGAGGUUGGCAGGUUGCCACAGUUACCGGCGCCCAAAUCACUUUUAACUGCAAUCAUUCGUUUGCCAACGUCUAGAAUCCAGUUAAUUGGAUAGCAAGAUGACUUUCUUUCGAAAGCGGUACGACAACCUCGCGGUGGUAGCUUAUAUUCACCCAGAUGAAGAUUGUGAUGGCGUCUCCUUCAUCCAGAGAGAGGUCAGGAGCAAUGGCAGGCUGCUUGAAGAGCAUGACGACAGGGUUGGCGGUCCCCAGUUUCGCAACAGGAAGGGUCGGGGCCCCUUCAGAGGCCGCAUGUACAGUGAGCAGGUGGGGCGGCCACGGAAUCGCGUGGGCCCCGGGGGAGGCGGUCCGAACCCCAGGACUCGGUUUGAAGACGACGACGGAGACGUGGCUAUGAACGACAGCUCGCAGGAUGGAACCCCGCAGCGUAGAUAUAAUCCCUACGAUAGGCCAAACCGCAGGGGGCACAACCGACCUGAUCGGGAUAGAAGGGGAGGCGGAGGCGGAGGUGGGGGCUAUGGAGGUGGACCUGCAGGAGGUGGGGGAGGAGGGGGAGCAGGACGCAAGAACUGGUUCAGGAUGACUAUUCCUCACGGAAAGAAAUAUGAGAAGAAGUGGCUACUGACUGUCUUAAAGGAUAAUUGUGCCAUGCCUUUCACGCCAAUUCAUUAUCAGACAGAGGGUAACAAAGUUCAGUUCUAUAUUGAGGAUGCUACUACAGCAAACGCUUUGCAAAAAGUCUCCCGCAAGAUCACGGACACUGAAGGCUACAAGGUGACUGUCUUGAUGAACUCUUGCCCACCGCCAGCCUUUAUCCAGACAGAACUGAAACCAGAGGACCUGGAGCACUUGAAGCAAUGUAUGGCGAAGCGUUUUGACGGCUCCCAGCAAGCCCUGGAUUUGAACAGCAUUCGUACAGACCCAGACCUGGUAUCUCAGAAUAUUGAUGUGGUCCUGAACCGGAAGAACUGCAUGCAAGCUGUUAUCAAGAUCAUCGAGGAGAACAUUCCUGAGCUGGUGUGUCUUAAUCUGAGCAACAAUCGGCUAUAUAAACUGGAUGAUUUGGCAGAGCUGAUCAGUAAAGCGCCCAACCUGAAGACUUUAAACCUUUCACAGAAUGAGCUGAGGACCGAGCGAGAGCUGGACAAGAUCAAAGGCUUCAAGCUGGUGGAGAUAUGGCUAGACAGGAACCCCCUGUGUGACCACUUCAAGGACCAGCCGAACUACAUCAGUGCUGUGCGAGAACGCUUCCCCAGGGUCCUUAAGCUGGAUGGCCAUGACCUCCCGCCUCCCAUAGGGUUUGAUGUGGAAGCUCCCACCACUUUACCCCCAUGCAAGGGCAGCUACUUUGUUUCGGAUGAAAUCAAAAGCCUCAUCUUGAGAUUCCUACAACAGUAUUAUAAUUGCUAUGACUCCGCUGACAGACAGCCCCUGCUGGAAGCCUACCACGAUGGGGCGUGCUUCUCCCUGAGCAUCCCCUUCUCCCUUCAGAACCCCUCUAGGUCGAGCCUUGGGGACUACCACAAGGACAGCCGCAAUAUUAAAAAGCUCAAAGAUCCUACUACACGGUUUCGCCUGCUCAAGCACACGCGCUUAAACGUGGUGGCCUUCCUGAACGAGCUGCCGAAAACCCAACACGAUACUGCAUCCUUUACUGUUGAUGUCAGCACUUACACUAACACGUUACUGUCAUUCACGGUCAGUGGGGUGUUCAAAGAAGUGGAUGGUAGAUCUAGAGACGCUGUCAGGGCAUUUUCCCGGAUCUUCAUCGCAGUACCAGCAGGGAAUGCAGGGCUUUGUAUCGUGAAUGAUGAGCUGUUUGUGCGGAACGCCACAACGGAGGAGAUCCGGAAAGCAUUUGCAGCCCCUGCCCCAACACCGUCCAGCAGCCCUGUGCCCACCCUCUCUGCCCCUCAGCAGGAAAUGCUCAGUUCCUUCUCCCAGAAGUCGGGCAUGAACCUGGAGUGGUCCCAGAAGUGUUUGCAAGAUAACGAUUGGGACUUCAACAGAGCUGCUGAGAUCUUCACACAGUUGAAGGCUCAGGGGAAGAUCCCAGAUGUUGCUUUCAUAAAGUGAAAAGGGAGAAAUAAAACCGAUUGUAAAAUAACUGAACUGUGAGAUGUAAUCAUACCAAUUUGUUUUUAUAUGGAUUUGCUUUACUGUUUUGUUUUUAUUCUAGUUAUCUUUUUGUCUAAUUGUCCAAACAUAGGAAACCUGACUACUCCCAAGUCUGGAGCUUUGUUUUUUUUUUAUAU